GAGCUAGACAUUUUUUAUCUUUUUUAAUUUUUUUUAUUGUUAAAUAUGUAUAGCAAGUGCUAGAGACUCCCACUAGAAUUUCCGAUUCGUGGAUAAGUACGCCACUGAAAUAUAAACACUUGUUUGGGGGAUUGUGUAAAAAAUAACCACAAAUUAAUUCAAAAAUUCAGGAAUUUCGUAUCAAUAUAUUUCAGGAUUGAACCUGUAAAAAUAAAUGCUAAUUAAAACUCUGACGAGUUAAUAAUACUUCCAGGUUGUUAAAGAUUUGAUUCUAUUUAUUCUCCUUUUAAAAAUAAACAUGUACCCUAAAUUAAUUAACCUAUACCUAUUUUCAGUGUUUCAGCACUAUCUUAGCAGAAUGGGUCUCGGCGAGGAGGUGAAACCGGGGACCUUACUACUGACUGAACAGCCCUUUGUUUAUGUUCUUACAUCUAAAUACAGGACGGAAUAUUGCGAUUUUUGUUUUGCAAAGAGUGAACUGCGAAAGUGUGCCAGUUGCCACUAUGUGUAUUAUUGUGGAAGGUCUUGUCAGAAAGACGGAUGGUCGAUUCAUAAGCACGAGUGCAAUAAUUUAAAGAGAAUAUCGCCUAGAAUAAUUCCAGAUGCAGCCAGGUUAUUAUCACGUAUAUUAAAAAAAUUAGCCAAAGGAGGUUCCGAAAUUAAAUCGUAUUACACUAAAACCAAAUAUAGAAAAUUUAAAGAUUUAAUGUCGCAUUAUACAAAUAUAAAGGAUGAUAUUAAUCGAAUAGAACAUUUUCAAUCCUUGUGUGGAGUUUUAAACGACUUUCUGGGUACAGAUUUCAUUCCUAAUCCAAUUGAACUAAUGGGUAUGUAUGGAAGAAUGUGCGUUAAUAGUUUUAACAUAUGCGACGAAGAGUUAAAAAGUUUAGGCACCGGGAUUUAUUUGGCGGCAUCCAUUAUAGAUCAUUCAUGCCAACCCACUGCUGUGGCAACAUUUCAAGGAACUCGUUUAAAUAUUCGUGCUACUGAAACAAUGCCUUGUUUAAACUGGGACAAAGUUUUUGUCAGCUACAUUGAUACAUUAUAUAAACCUGAGGCACGCCAGAAGGAAUUGAUGGCAACAUACUACUUCAUGUGUCAAUGUCCCAAAUGUUUAGAUCCUUUGGAACCUAUUCAUAUGUCUGCGGCAGCUUGUUCUAAUCCACACUGCGAUUCCUUAGUAGAAAUAAGGGACUAUGACCAAGUUUCAAACUGUGACCAGUGUGACUCCCCCAUUUCUCGACAGUUUAAGCAGCUCUAUAAGGAUGUAACUGAAUUUACAGAUGUCCAUUUGCAGAAUAUGAAAUUAGCAUAUCUAGACGUCUGUAAAGUCUGCUUAAACAGGCACAAAGGGGUUCUGCACAAUUUAAACAUACAGCAUGUAAGAAUUUUAGAUUCAGCCUUCGAAAGUAGUAUUGAUUUUGGACAAUGGGAUGACGCAAAAAUAUUUGGCAUAUCUUUAAUUGCUGGUUACAGAAAAUAUUUGGGUGACACUCAUCCGUUGCUAGGUAUUUUGUAUUUGAAGUUAGCCAAGAUUUUGAUCUAUCAGGAAAAUAUUCAAGAUGGGAAACAGUAUUUACACAAUGCGUGUAAGAUAAUUAAAAUAACUCAUGGAGAAGAUAGUAAUUUGUAUAGAAGUGAAAUAGCGUCUUUAAUUCAGAAUUGUAUGUACUAAUAUUAAUUAUGUCAUUAAUUAAUAAACUAAGAUA